GAUGUUUCAAAUAUGAGAGUGCCCAUUAGUUUCCACGUAAAUCACCAUGACGCGACAAAUCUAGAAUCGUGUCAAAACUCCAUCAAUACAAUAAUAUAUAUUUCAAGGGCAAUUUCGACAUUACGUUAACUCAAUGAUUAAUAUCCAUGGACCUCUAUAUAAAGACUACUACACCUUAGACGAUCAAAACAACCACAACUCUCAAUCUCGCAUUUCCUUUCUUGACACGUAAAAAUGACAGAAAUGCCCUCAUACAUGAUCGAGAACCCAAAGUUCGAGCCUUACAAGCCAAAGAAACGACGUUAUUACACUUCUUCGAUGCUUACCAUCUUCUUAUCGAUCUUCACAUACAUUAUGAUCUUUUACGUUUUCGAAGUAUCACCAUCUUCGGUCUUCAAAGACACAAAGGUCUUGUUCUUCAUCUCCAAUACUCUCAUCCUCAUAAUCGCCGCCGAUUAUGGUGCCUUCUCUGAUAAAGAGAGUCACGACUUUUACAGUGAAUACAAAGCCGCCACCGCAACGAUGAGAAGCCGUGCUGAUUACUACUCUCCGAUUCCCGUUUCAAGACAGAGAGAAAACCUUAGAGAUGCAAAAAUCAAGAACCCUAAAGAAGAAGAAGAAGGAGUACCGAUGGUGAAAGAGAUCGUUUACGUUUAUCCUCCCGAGAAAAUAGUGACAGUGGUGAACGAGGAGAAACCGAGAGACGUUUUAGCUAUCGAGAAUUUCAAACAGGUUACAGAUCAAACUGUUGCUAGCGAAGAAGCUUGUGACGCAAGAAACCAUGUGAACCCUAAUAAACCGUACGGGCGAAGUAGAUCAGAUAAGCCACGGAGAAAGAGGCUCAGCGAAGGUACAGAGACGACCAAACGUAAAAGUUAUGGUCGAAGGAAAUCAGAUUGCUCGACAAGGAUGGUUAUUCCGGAGAAGUGGGAAAAUGUUAAAGAAGAAUCUGAAGAGUUUUCAAAAUUGUCCAACGAGGAGUUAAACAAACGAGUCGAAGAAUUCAUCCAACGGUUCAAUAGACAGAUCAGAUCACAAUCAUCACGAGUUUCGUCUACUUGAUUUGAAUUGCUCCUAGUAGUAUAUAAUUAAUUUAGUUAGAAUUCUUUUUAAAGUUUUGUUAGUAUAGACUAGAGUACUGUUUUCAAAACUUGGUGAUGAGAUGACUUUUUUUUUGCAGUCGUCAGUGUAAAUUAAUAUAAGAAUGUGAAAAGGUAACUGAAGUAGUGGUCCGUUGUAAGAAAAGUCUAUAUAAACGCCUUAUGGGAAAAAAAAAACAUUAU